UUGUUGUCAGUUGUAAAUGUCAUAAAUUUAAUGCGCCAAACUGUCAGUGUAAAUUGUCAAAAAUAUUUGCGUUGUUUGUUUUCCAGUAAAAAAAAUAAAUAUUUCACAAUAUUUUAUGGCAAAGAUGCAAGCGUCUUUUGCAAAAACUAAAGAAAACGUACCUCCAGAUGUGGGAUUAGAUACGACUACAGAUAACCAAACGAAGAUGGAAGUCAGUACAAAUUCUAGUCCGUUAAAAAUAAGAACGACGAAGUACAAAAGAUUUUCUGUGCAGAAAAACGUAAAGGAAAGAGAUAUAGCUGGUGCAGCACAAAUGGUAAAUUUUGCUAAACCACCAGUACGUAUUACACGUUCCAGAUCACUACUCAGUAGUUCUCAAAAGUCUGAGCAGAAUAAUACUAGUUCCAAUUAUGAUGAUGUGCCAAAACAAUAUAAAACACGAAAACUGUUUGAUUUACAUAACGAAACACAACUUAAGGAGCAACCUGAAAUAAAAAAACGAGAUAGAACAAAAUCUCUGGACAUAGCAAAAAACACUGGACAAAGUAGUAAUAAAACAGAAAUGUUGUUUCCUCCUCUGAAGAAGAAAAAUAUCAGUUCUUCAACACUGAACCAAAAUACUGAUAAUAUGGGUGAUAUUAACAUAUCAAAAGUACAAAAGAUUCAACAAACCAAAUCACAAGAAGUUGCCACUUGUAAUAUUGGUGUUCCUUUACUCCAAGAAGCUAUUGAUUUGAUAAUCGGAAAUAUAAACACAGAGACUGGAAACAAAAGAGGUAAGAAGAAAGAAAUACAAUAUGAUAACCCAGCACUAGAAACUUUUGUUUUGAAAACCGAAGAAGUAAACACAGUGACUGGAAAGAAAAGAGGUAGACCGAAACAAAUACAAUCUGACAACCCAACACUAGAAACAAUUGAUUUGAAAACCGGAGAAGUAAACACAGUGAUUGAAAAGAAACGAGGUAGACCGAAAAAAAUACAAUCUGAUAACCCAGCACUAAAUACAUAUCAAAGUGAUUGUUAUGCUAUUUCAAUGCAAAAAGAACAUCAAGAUUCUGAAAAAUUGCAGAAUAUAAAUAUUCGUGAAAAGAAUGUGGUAAAUACAUCUACGAAAGAACAGGUAACUUCUGCUGAAUUUAAAAGAGUACUUAGACCCAGAGGAAUUAAUGAAACUAAAGCUGAAGUCGUAACUACAUCUAAUAGAAGCGGAAAAUAUGGUAGGAGAAUACAUAAUAAAAUAAAUAACUUAGAAACCUCUUCUGAAAAUAAAAAUACUAAAUUUGGACAAACUUCAGCAACUAACACUUGUGAAGCACUGAGUAGCAGAGAAGUGAAUAAAAAGCAAAUAACAGAUCUAACUACAAAUAAGUGCAUUGAAAAAAUUCAGAUCAAAACAAAUUUACAAGACCACAAUCAAAAUUAUGAAAGUUUUGAUACUACUUCUAUAAAACAGGAAGUAUUAAGUACACAAAAGUAUGCCAAUAAUCUUUUCUCACAAAAACAAGAAAACACUUUGGAUAUAAAACAACAAAAUUUAAUCGAUUCUAUUAAUGAAACUUAUGAGGAGAACUUAAAAACCUUGCUCUCUAAUUUAUCUUUAGAUAUUGUGAAUAGAUUGCAUUUAAAAUUUCCUUUAUAUUGCAUCGAAAACUUUCCCUUCUGUGUACACAAUCAUUACAAUAAAGAACUUCCUGAGAUUGAUUUUGACGGCAUUAAGUGCGCUCUUCAAAACAACUGCUAUAAAACAGCACUUUUUAUUUUAUGGGAUGUAUGCAAGCACAAUGUUUUUCCUGGAGAACAAAAUCUUAAAAAAAUAAUUGAUUUGAUAUUAUCAUUAAAUCCGAGAGAUACUGAAACAGAGUGUUUAAUUGAAGUUUGUGCUGAAUGCUUUGAUAUAUUUAAAUAUAUUGUGCGCACAUUUCCACCUUGCUAUGUGGCCCUACGUGAACGCUAUAGAAAGUUUAUUAAUUUAUCAAUUGAUGUAAAUCUACUUACACCCGAACGACCAAUACUUACCAAAUCAAAUGAUAUGAUUAACCAACUCCUUGAUCUAUUGAAAUAUACAAUGGAACAAUGUUCUAGUGAAGACUUAAGCGCUGAGGCUUAUGUUUACACUCCUCUAAACGAUUUGUGUGACGAUUCGUUCAGUGAGUUCAAACCAGAUUGGUUGUAUGAGGAAGUAAAAGCCAAAUAUCAAACAUUCAUGUAUAUGGAAACUGGUUUACAAUUGGAGCGUAUAUUUAUGGUAUUAAAUUUAAUUUUAUCUAUACUAGAACACGAUUUAGCUAUGUGGUUUGUGCACAACUAUAAAACCCCCGGUUAUUUAAUGUUCUAUGAAAAAAUACGGCCUUUAAUUGUAGAAGCUUUUAAAUUGCAAAAAUGUCAUUAUUCAACAAGUACUUCAGCCUAUUUUAUAGAAAUUUUUAUUAAUGCUAUAAAUAAAGGUUUGCAUCACGAACGAUUAGAAAUUCUUGAACGUUACCUGGGAUUGUUAAUGGUGGCCUGCAACUCCGCUGAGAUCGAAGUUAUAGGCGAUGAUAUUAAAUAUCCCAACGUUGGAAAUACAACCAAACAUUUCAUUAAAUAUUUUUUUAUCAAAGUUAAAGGUGCUCCUGGUACAACAAUAUCAACAUUCCUAACAAUAAUCAAAGUUUUACAAAUUCCAUUUUUUCGCUAUGAAUUCAUUGAUUUGUUUUUAUCUGAAUAUUGUCCACGUUAUAACGCAUUUAAAUUUGACAAUUUACUAACGAAAAUAUAUUCUGCUUUGACAUCUAACAUUUGGGAACAACAUCAGCGCAAAACUCAAUUAUCUGGUGAUGAUUUGAAAAAAAUUUUGAGUUCUGAUGAUAUACUUUAUCUACUCCUAUUAUUAUUUAAGUCGUAUAAUGAAUUUUAUGGACUGGAAAGUUUUAUGGAAGUGCUAGUCACAGACAAAGUGGAAUGUAUUGCAACAAAUAACACACAAUAUAUAAGUAUGGAAAAGUAUGAUUUAGAAAGUAUGGAACAAAAUAUUGAUGAUCUCGUUCAGAACUUUAAUGACGCACAACCGCUUAAUUUAAACAAACUUAAGUUAUCUGCAAAUAUUUAUGUGGAUGAAGAAAUAAGAUCUGGUUAUUAUAAUAAAAUGAAAACUAUUGCACAUAUUAAGGAAAACGUAAAUAUUUUGUUUGAUUCAAACUUAAAAAACUUUGACAUAACUGAUUGGGCAGAAUAUUUGCAAAAGUUUAAUUUUCCUAUAUGAAAUAAUUAUAUUUAAUAC